CCGAUCCACCAGUGUCUCAAGGAAACCCAGACCUUCAACUGUGAUUUUUUUCUGUAAAAAAAACCUAAAGAGAAAAAAGAUGUUGAGAGUUUGUAUUGGUUUAUCCUUGCUAUCUUGUAUACUCGGGGCAGAGGUUCGGAUACCUUCAGAGAAGAGGAUACAAGAUUCAGAUCUAGCUGUUCCAGGAGAGAACAGAGAUGAAAAAUUUUUGAGUGUGUUUCAAAUCAUCAAGUUCAACAAUGGCAUGUGUAACGCUACUGAUGGAAAUAUGGGUGUUUGCUACACUGAGGCUGAGUGUUUAGCUGGUGGUGGAGUAGCGACUGGAUCUUGUGCUUCAGCUUUCGGAGUCUGCUGUGUCUUUACUGCAAAGACCUGUGGCGCUACUCUGAAUAAGCAAGUGACGUAUAUUGAGUCCCCAAACUACCCUGCUCUUGCACCAGCUGGAAUGUGUAUGUUCAAUGUUGCCAAAUAUGACUCCGGAGUGUGCCAAUAUAAAAUUGAGUUCCUUGAUGUUAUUCUAUCCAACCCGGCUCUGGGAGAAUGUACCAAUGAUACUCUAACCAUCACUAACAUUGAUCCUGUAUCUGCUGCCGUUGUACCCACCCCACUCUGUGGAACUCUUACUGGAUCCGAAAUCUAUACCAGCGUGAACAGUACAGUAACACCUCCUAAAUUCACCGUUAAUCAUGUUUCUGGUAUUGCAAAAUGGAGAAUGAAGGUAACCCAGAUUGCUUGUACCGACACUGACAAACUUGCCCCCCCUGGAUGUCUGACCUAUAACACUGGAACAUCUGGCACCAUCAUGUCUUUCAACAACCAGGGUGGUAAUGGAGAACUGAUCAACAAUCAGCUGUAUUCACACUGUAUCAAAUACCAAAACGGGUUUUGCGACGUAGCAUUGUCCGCUGGGGACUUCAUGAUGGGUGCUGAUGAUUCAAUCACGUUCGGAGGAAACACACAGACCGGACCCGUCUUUGGUACUGCUGGAUCUCUUCUAUGGAAUUUCACCGGACCCUAUGUUAUUCCAGUACAGAGCGGUUCACUCAAUACAGCAAUGGAUUCUGGAUACAGCAUCAGUUAUCUUCUUCUUCCUUGCUAGUUUGCCUCACAUCACGACGUAAAUCAGGACAUCUGCAAGUUUCUGAGAAAAAGUUCAAUUCGCGGAUUUUCUCUUCACACAAAGAUGAUUUCUGCGAAAAGAUACCUCAUGUUUGGGAUUUUUAGAACCUUUUACCUUUCUUGAUCCGACCGCCUUUAUGUUAUCAUAUCAUAUCGUUGGAAAUUGUUUUAUUUAAAGAACAAAAUCAUAUGCAAAAUAAUAGGACAUGGUGAGUAAAAUAACAUACGAUAAGAAAUUCCAACUAUAUUACCUUUUUAAAGCAAUCAUCAUCUUAUCAUCAUCUUAUCCAUCUUAGCAUCCGUGUUGCAACCGAUGGGAAAUGUGCCAAUGUUUUUUUUAUGUUUUUGUUAAAUCUUGUUACAGUUAGUAAUGAAUCUCCAGCAGUUAGCUAUAACGGUGUUUUUAUGUCCUUUAAAAAAAUAAUAGUAUUUCCCCCUGGGAGUCUUAAUCCUACCAGUAGUCCGCAUCGGAUAAUUUUUUAACGCUUUUAGUUCAGUAUCUCUGCAAACCAUUUAAAACAGUAGUUUAAUGGUUGUAAAACCUUUUAUUUGUUGAACUGUGGUAUACAUUAUGUAAAUACUUAAUAAAAAAUAGUUGUUUUUUC